AUGACGGAAGGGAUGACAACUCGAUCUCGUGCCAUGGAAGACCACAUCUAUCUUCUCAACGAGCGGCAGGACUCAUUGCUCGCCAAGAUGGAGGAUCUUUGUAUCUCGGUCCAGCAACAUACCGAGCUCUUCGACUCCAUUCAGAAAUCCUUGUCCACUCAGCAAACAGUGAUGGCUGACAUGAUGUUCAAGUUAUCUAAGAUCGAGAGGGGACUGUCACCGCCAUUGUUACCCUCGCCCCCAAUAUCCCCUGGACCAGGAUAUCCACCAUUGCUGUCAACGCCACCUCCUGCCGACCAGUCACAGGGAAAUGGUGUACGUCUUCCUAAGCUGGAGAUUACCCUAUUUUCAGGUGAGAAUGUUCUCUCUUGGAUAUUUCAGAUUGAACACUUCUUUGCCCAUCAUGCUACUCCGGAAGACCAGAAGAUCUCCAUGGCGGCCUUUUAUAUGACGGGAGUGGCUUUGCAAUGGUACCACUGGCUCUUCGCCACCGAACAACUGACAACGUGGACGGCGUUCGUUCGCUUGGAGGAGAUACGGUUCGGUCCAUCGAAGUAUAUCAAUCAUGAAGCCCGCCUUUACAAACUCCGGCAACACUCCUCUGUCGCCAUCUACAUGUCUGAAUUUGAAUGUUUAUCGACGAGGAUCGUCGGUUUGCGUCCCAGCAGCUUGUUAAACUGUUUUCUCUCUGGGUUACGUGAAGAUAUCCAACGCGAGCUGUAUAUCUUGCAACCUGAGACGUUGGCGGACACGAUGGGCCUUGCUAGAAUCAUGGAGGACAAGUGUAAUGCAGCGCGGGCAGCUUCAGGACCACCGCGCUUGCCGUUUCGGGCCCAUAAUAUGGGUACCCUCGCCCUACCAGCACCAGAGGCUCCGCGCCUUCCGGGCCCUGCACCGGCAAUACCCAUAAAGAAACUAACUCCAGCUGAGAUGGCCGCUCGGCGCGAACGUGGGUUAUGUUUUAACUGUGACUCUCCAUUUACUAGGGGUCAUCGCUGCAAACCUCCACAAUUCCUAUGUCUCUUGGUGGAGGAUGAAGCGGACUUUCAGGGUGACAUAUCGGAUCCUGACCUUGUUCCUUUGGAGGUCCCUAUGGAUGCUUCCCCAGAAGAGCCUCCUGCUGCGGACCAGCCCAGUAUCUCUUUCCAUGCUCUCACAGGGGCCUUAGUUCCUUCGACGUUGAAGCUUGCUGGAUCAAUUAAUGGUAAGAGCGUCACGGUACUGAUUGAUGGGGGAUCUACUAACAACUUCCUCCAGUCACGGUUGACAUCACACCUGGGUUUGACUACCCAUGUUGCCUCUCACCUCACUGUGAUGGUCGGGAACGGGGAACAGCUACAAUGUGGUGGGGAAUGUUUACAGGUUCCACUGAAGUUAGGUGAGGCAUUGUUUCCGGUGGACCUUUUGUUGCUUCCGGUCUUCGGGGCCGACGUGGUUUUGGGCGUCCAUUGGCUGGCGAAACGAGGGCCUACUUUGUUUGACUAUAAAAAUCUUUGGAUGGAGUUCGAUCAUCAUGGUGCUCGUGUGCGUUUGCAUGGCCUUCCCACCACUCACGGCGAGUCAAUAUCGCCCACAUCCCUGCGUCGCGAUGCUCUCGGUCAAGGCGACAGGCUCCCACCGGUGCGAUCAUUUGACCACCGUAUUCCACUGAAGGCCAAUACAUCUCCGGUGAAUGUGCGGCCUUACCGCUAUCCUCAUUUCCAGAAGACGGAGAUUGAACGAUUGGUGGGCGACAUGUUAAAGGAGGGCAUUAUCAGGCCGAGUACGAGCCCCUUCUCUUCACCAGUGAUCCUAGUCAAGAAGAAGGACGGGUCGUGGAGGUUCUGUGUGGACUAUCGGGCGCUCAAUGUCGUGACGGUCAGAGACCGGUUUCCAAUUCCCACUGUCGAGGAAUUAUUCGACGAGCUCGCUGGUGCACAGGUCUUCUCAAAGAUGGAUCUCCGAUCGGGCUAUCACCAGGUUCGCAUUCACCCGGAGGACAUCGAAAAAACGGCGUUCCGGACGCAUGAGGGGCAUUACGAAUUUCUCGUAAUGCCAUUUGGCCUGUCGAACGCUCCAUCAACGUUCCAGGCUCUGAUGAAUGCGGUGUUCCUGAUUCAUGGUCCGAUCAUCUCCAACAUCUGGAGGCGGUGUUCACCUAGUUUCGUCAACAUCAUCUAUCGGCCAAACUCAGUAAGUGUGCCUUUGGUCGCACAAGUUUGGGAUAUCUCGGCCACCGGAUAUCCAGGGAGGGAGUUGCGGUUGAGCCUGAAAAAGUCCAAGCAGUGCAAGACUGGCCGCUGCCAUCCAAUGUCUGCCAACUGCGGGGUUCCUGGGCUUGACCGGGUAUUACAGACGCUUUGUGCCACAGUAUGCGCGCUUAGCGGCACCACUGACGGACUUGCUGCGAAAGCAGGCUUUUGUUUGGUCGCCCGCAGCCAUGGCUGCCUUUGA